GAAGUCGCUAGACGAAGAGCGACAUCUCUCCGCCAGUGUGCAUUGCCUUCGCAGCCGGUCCUAUUUUCAGUCAACUUUUUUCUCACCAAAGAAGCAAUGCCGACCAGAGGCCCACAUCAAACAAAAUCUGACCGUUUUCUUGUGCUUUGUCACCUUGUUUGGUUCCUUCUUUUUUGUCCUGAAACAGAAACGAGGGAUUUGCCAAUGUGCAAAGAGUCAGACUACCACUUUGAGUACACGGAAUGUGACAUACUGGCCUCUCGCUGGAGGGUGGCCAUACCCAACAAGCCUGGGACCUGCACCGGACUCCCAAACCCCGUCAAAGGCACCGAAUGCUCGUUUUCUUGCAAGACAGGGGAGUACCUGGACAUGACCACACAGGAGUGCCAGAGGUGUGCAGAGGGGACCUACUCGCUGGGCACUGGCGUGAGGUUCGACGAGUGGGACCGACUCCCUGCGGGGUUCGUCAGCUACGGGACGGACCUGAGCGGCUACAGCUCUUCUGACAACUGCACCAAUUCCACCUGGAAUCCAAAGGGGGACUACAUCACCUCGAAUUUGGACGAGUGCACCUCCAUCCUCACCUAUGCAGUCAGCCUCAAGCAGGCCGGCACUGUGUCCUUUGAGUACUUCUACCCUGACAACAGCAUCUUCUUUGAGUUUUACGUUCAGAAUGACCAGUGCCAGUCCACCGAAUGGGGAAACCGGUGGAUUAAAAACAGCGAGAGUGACUGGAACACACACUACUUGCAGCUGAAGCGUGGGAAUAACGUGCUGUACUGGAAGACCACGACCUUCGCCAUGGUCACCAGUGCGCUCAAACCAGUGCUCAUCAAGAACAUCAUCAUCACAGGUGUUGCCUACACAUCAGAGUGUUUCCAUUGCAAACCUGGCACCUACAGUGCUAAAAACGGCUCCGCCCACUGCAGCCCCUGCCCAGCCAAUUCCUUUUCCAACAAAGGAGCCACUGUGUGCCAGCAGUGCCCACCGGAUCAGUACUCAGGAAAUGCGUCUGAGACUUGCCUGCUGCGGCCGCCAUGCAGAACCAGUGACUACUUUUACACACAUACCCCGUGUGACAACAGCGGGAAGACCCAGCUGAUGUACAAGUGGAUCGAGCCAAAGAUCUGCAGCGAGAGCCUGGAGGGGGCAGUGCAGCUUCCUACCUCGGGAGAGAUGGAGACAUGCCCGCCCUGUAACCCUGGGUUCUUCUCCACCAACACCUCGGCCUGCCAGCCCUGCCCCCAGGGCUCCUACUCCAACGGGACAGCAUGCUCGCCAUGUCCGGCUGGCACUGAGCCAAUGGUGGGAUUCGUGUACAAGUGGUGGAAUACAAUGCCCAGCAACAUGAGGAGUUCGGUUUUCAGCCGGGAGUACAGUGACGCUGAGAGGAACACAGCUUGGGAAGUCGCUGGGGAGUACAUCUACACGACCCCGGGAGACUUGGACACGGACUACAUGAUGCUGACGCUGACUGUCCCUGGAUACAGGUUACCCCAUUCCAUAGCCAAAAACACGGAGAUCCCGGAACUUUCCAGGAUUUCUUUUGUGUUUGAGACCAGCUGCAGUGCUGACUGUGUGCUGUAUUUCAUGGCGGGGUACAACGAGAGGAACAACGAUGUGGUGGAGCACUGGGGCAGCACCCGGGAGAAGCAGUCUUACUCCUACAUAGUCAGGAGCAACAGCACCGUCAGCUUCACCUGGGCCUUCCAGAGAACAGAGUCCCACAGCCAGAGCACGCAGAGGCAGUUCAGCGGAGACUUCGCUAAGAUCUACGAGGUGCAGGUGACCAACGUGAUGGGAGGGGUGGCCUCGCGCUGUCGGCGCUGUGCGCUGGGCUCGGAGGACGGGGCCUCGGCCUGCGUGCCCUGCCUCCCCGGGCACUACAUGCUGAACGGGACCGGCGUCUGCCGCCAGUGCCCCCCGGACACCUUCAUCCGCCCGGAGCAGCCCGUGGGCGAGGGAGCCUGCAUCCGCUGCGGGCCCAACACCCACAGCAACCAGGCUAAAUCGGCCUGUGUCAGUGACUGCCAGCUCCAGCUGAAGCUCUCCGGAGGGCAGGCUGUGCACUACGACUUCUCCCCGCUGGCCAAUGCCACCAGCUUCCUGAGCGCCCCCCGCUUCACCAGCAAGGGCCUGCGUUACUUCCACCAGUUCAGCAUCGGCCUCUGCGGGAGCCAGGGCAGAGCGCUUGGGUCUUGCGUGGACAACGUAACGGAGAGCGUGAACGAGGUCAGGAGUCACGUGUGCCAGGCGACUGUGGUGCCCUCCGAGGUGAGAGGGCAGAGCGUGGUAUCAUCCCAGCCCUUCAGCAUCGGAGAAACGCUCAUCGGGGUCACCACUAAGUCAACUCUGGAUAACGUCAAGUCCCCCAAAGAGUACUUCCCCUCGAAAUCCAGUCUGCCUGAUGUCAUAUUCUACUACAGGGCGGCUGAAGCUACAAAGGCUUGCAAAGACGGGAGAUCGACCGCCAUUCGGCUGAGAUGUGACCCCACAGUCACAGAAAACAACCAGCUGUCUCUGCCAAGUGCCUGCCCAGAGGGGACAUGUGACGGGUGCUCCUUCCACCUCCUGUGGCAGACGAGGCACGCCUGCCCGCUGUGCUCCAAGAGCGACUACAAGGAGAUAGUGAGUGCCUGCAUCGCGGGGAUUCAGAAAACCACCUACGUGUGGCAGGAGCCCGUGCACUGCACAGGCGGGGUGUCUCUUCCUGCUCAGAGCGUGAGCGCCUGCGUCACCCUCGACUUCUGGCUCAGAUUUGGGGUCUCCACGGGGUCUGUGGCCGCCCUGCUCCUCAUCACCAUCAGCUGCUACUUCUGGAAAAGGACAAGAAAGCUGGAGUAUAAGUACUCGAAGCUGAUGAUGACCGCCGGGGAGAAGGAGUGCGAGCUCCCGGCGGCUGACAGCUGUGCCAUCAUGGAGGGCGAGGACGCGGAGGACGACCUCAUCUACCUCACCAAGAAGUCCAUCUUCGGCAAGAUCAAGGGCUUCUCCCGGGAGAGAACCUCUGACGGAUUUGACUCAGUGCCUCUGAAGUCGUCCUCCGGCCAGGAGAUGGAGAUGAGCUAGGAGCUCCCUGCCUCCCUCCGACCCACAGGAUAGGUCAACCUCUGGUCACAUGGGACUGUGGGAACGACCAGGCACACAGACACAGUUUUUGGCUGUCUGUGCUGCCCUCUCUCUUAGAGGGUGACCCCAUUGCCUUGUCUCAAGUAACGGAUGUUCAUUUAAGAACAAAUAAGGGUCUAUAUUUGGCUUAUUAAGCCAUUUGUGUUUUUGGGGUUCCUCUGGCAAAAACAUUAGGAGGAGUACAGGUUCAACAUGGAUUUUGUUAUUAUAUUUAUUGCGAAAAAGGCAGAGUAGUGAAGAGGCUUGAUACUAGAGUGUCCCAGUUUGUUGAGUGUUCUAUUUAUCGUUUCUGAUCCACGACCGCAGUGUUAUGGGAACGUUUCGUACCAGCUGUGUAGAAUUGCACUGUCCCUAUUGUAGUGUAUUUGUAGUGUUCUUUCUGGUAAACUGGAUAAUGAGUACAUGUCACUACCUACUACCACAAAUAGCAUAAUGAGCUAAAAGAAUAUUGAAGAGAAGAGUUGAAGAGAAAAUUAUCCCUUUUUUUCCAAUUAAAGAGUGCAGGAAAGAUCAUUUAAAAUGGAAAAGUGGCUCUUUGAUACACAAAUAUCAUUAAAAGUUUUGGGGAUGACUGAGGAUUUUUUGUAUUUAUUUUUUCUUUAAAGCAAAAGCUGAUGAAUGUUCAUAUUUGGGGGAACUGUAUUGUUUCUGACUAAUUAAAUGAAAUUAUGAAUCCACUUUUGCUUUAUUGUAGCUAGAAAUGGUCAACCCUGUUAAUGCUUGCCAUGACUUGAUCCAGAAUAUAAUAUGGAAGCCAAAAUAUAUGUAUAACUUGUUUGCUGUAUUGAUAAAAUCUGUUAAAUCAUGUUGAUCACAUGUACAUAAUUGAUUUUCCUAUUAAAUUGCCUAUUUUAACUGCUGUAAAAUAUGUUUUAAAAAGUGUUAACAAAACAGAAAUUUUAGAGUUGCAAGAAAAACCUAAUUCAUACUCAAAGGCCCAUGGUUUUCAAAGAUGUGUCCAAUAGCCUGAAAGUAUGUCUCUUUUAAAAAAGAUAUGCACAAAAUGUAACUUUGAAUGUUCAAAAGAACACAACAUUGAAAUUGGAUUGAUGUUAGCCUGUACAAAUUAUGUCUAUUGCACAGUUUUUCACCCAAGAAUACUUUUGCAAAACAGUGCUUGCCAAAUUGCCUUACAACUAAAGUGUUUUGAUAUUUCCAAAUAGCGACAAGUAUUUUUUUAAAGACUGGUGUCCUUUUUAAAACUAUUGUGUUUUUCUGCAUUCAUGCUGAUUGAUGUGUGAUAUACUUUUCUCUGAUUUCCUUCCUCUGUGCCGUCUUGAUUCCUUCAAUAAAUGUGCUUCUGACCACA